AUGGUUCUAGUUUUCAGGAAUAUGUCUUUGGCCUUAGCGAACGAUUCCAGUUCGUCUCCACUGAUAGCAAUCAGGUUUUGUCUCUUUUUAAAAGGAGCUGGUCUCGAUGGAAUAUCCAGUCGGCUUAUCCUUGAUUGCGCUGAUUUGAUUGUACCUUAUAUUUCAAUUAUAUUUAAUAGUUCCAUAGCUAAUGGUAUAUUUCCUGACGAUUGGAAGUCCGCGAUGGUUUCUCCUCUAUUUAAGCAUGGCGAAAGAAGCGAUAUAGGCAAUUAUCGUCCAAUUUCAGACAUCUCUAAAAUUGGCAAAGUAUUUGACAGAAAUAUCUACAAUCAACUCUUUAGGGUUCCGCGCGCUUCAUUCAACAGUUACAGCCUCAUUGGAGGUAACUGAUAGUUGGGCCUAUAAUAUUGAUAAAGGUAAUGUUAUCGCUGUUGUUCUUCUGGACCUUAAGAAAGCGUUUGACACAGUCGACCACCACAUUAUAUUAUUUAAAUUACAUCUUUAUGGUAUAAAAGGUGUUUCCCAUAAAUGGUUCUCCUCCUAUUUAGAUAAUCGUACUCAGAAAUUCGUUGUCACUGGUUCUCUUUCAGAAUGUUGCACCCUCAAGUGUGGUAUCUCCGGGGGAACAAUAUUAGGGCCUUUACGUCUGUUUUUGCUAUAUAUCAAUGAUUUGCCCAAUUGUCUGUCUCACUCUGAGGCAAGAAUGCAUGCUGAUGAUACCCUUAUUGGAAUGGUGAUAUCCACUCCAUUCAGUGUUCCCUGAACGAGGACUUGCUCAACAUGAAUCGCUGGCUUCCCGCAAACAAAUUAACCCUAAAUAUGACUAAAACUAAGUCUAUGUUAAUCGGCUCAAGGUAAAAGCUUAAUAAUCUACCUUCUCUGCCUAUCAAAGCCGGAAACGGGCUUUUGAGAAAGUCUUUGUUUGUGAUUAAUUGACGUGGAAUUUUUGCAUAUAAAUUAUUAACAAACAAACAAUAAAAUCAAACAUCUUAAAAUUCAUUACAAUUUGUGAAAUUAUCAGAAAGCAAAUUCAGGAAAGCAGGUCUGGUCGUGCAUUUGGGCUGCGACACGGUAUUCUGGUUUCCCAUGUCAGCAUCACCGUGAAAGAACAUUACUAACAGUAAUUUACAGGCCAAUUAUCAAAUAGCAGUAGCGCAUCCAGACCUUCAGACAAGGGGCGCCCAGUCAUUCAGACCCUGAGAUUAGGGGUGGGGCUCUAAAAGAAAUUUUUUAUCGUCCCUUUGGGCCUCAUUUUGGUCCAAAAAUGAGGGGGGGGCCUGGGGUCCCCCAGGCUUAUCCCCUGGAUCUACCACUGCAUUGAUUCCUCUGUUUCCACUACUCCCCUGUCUUUUUGUUCCAAUUUUCCCCCUUAUUAAAAUUCUGUUGUCUUUGAAAAUAAAUCUUAUUAUUACCAUACCGAAGAAAAUUAUAUUGAACCUUACAAUACAUAAUGGUCACGCGUAUUGAGCGUUGUCUCCGCGUAAGCAACAGUGUAAGAUUCUCAAAGGGAUCGAAAAUAUGUGCUGAAUAGCUUUAUUUUAACUUGAGUGGAAAAUAAGAUUUGUAGUAAUAUUAUAUGUCAAAAAGGUGUGAAAGAAAGGUUUAACGUCAUUAUCUACGAGUCGAAACGACUUACCCCGAUGAGGCGAAAAAUUUGACCGAUGACAGAGGUAAAUGCUUGACCGUUGAUGCUUUCCUUACCCACUGAUCAUUUUAGCUCGGAACAGCGUCAGCUCAAUUUUACUGAUUCUAACGCCAAAAUUCUAAGCUCUGAACCUGCAUGUAUAUCUGAAUACGUAAAUCACCGUAACAGUACCUGAUUUCACGACUUUUUAGCUCUCAUUUAAACAGCUACGAAUGAAUCAAAACAUUUAGUGACUGAGUCUGAUCUCAGUAAUGGCAAUUAGUUUCGAAAUUAGUUGUAUAAAUAUCUAUCUUUAAAAUGACAUGCAUCUUAAAGACAUAAAUACCUUGUACGUUCGUUUUCAACAGGCUUUUUAAAUACUUAGGAACAAACUGAAUUUUCUUAUAGACCUUUAGGUCUUUUGGUGCAGUUUAACUUUCUCUAAGAGAUUCACUGCAAACAUUUAGAGUAAUUAAAAAAGAAAUCAUCAAAGAAUAAUAAGUUAACCACAGGUGUUAUAAAGCGUUAAGCAACGACGAGCUAAAGCUUUAUAUUACCCGGCUCUAAGUGCAGAUGAUGGUAUUAUACCUGUAGUAAAGUGAAUACUUUAACCCGUUGUUUGGUCGAUUCCUUUUCAGCCUGAUCAACAACGAGUCGAUUAAAUUGCAUAGACAAACAGGAAGAUGUACAUCAGGAGAUGAUGUUACUAUGUAAACAGGAACACUUAAACUAUUUUCGUAGGACAGGAUGACAAUCUAAUGUCUGCGAGGCAAGGAAUUACGUUAACUUGACAUCCAAUACCCUAACAAGCUGAUUCUUGAAGUUCGCGAGAUAUUUUCGUUUCAACGGGAAUACACCGAAAAUUAAAUCGACUUUGGAUAGCCAAGGCGUAUUUAAUAUACAAAAGUACUCAAGAAUAUCUGUUUCUGUAACGUAGAAAAUAAGAGCAACUUUCUUUUGUACAUGUUAAAAUUUAUGGAAAAGCUGCUUUCAUAUGUUGAGGAGAAGGGUAGUUUGUUCCAUUAGUUUUUUUGAAGGAAUACUCGAGCAAACGAUUAUUCCAUCCAAUAUUUUACUGGACAAAAAAAUAAAAUUCUUUAUAAAUGAUGAUCGCUGGAUAGCUUUCGAAAGACAAGUAAGCAGUCCAUUGCAUAUCUCUCAGUGCUGUGGCCUAUCCGUAAUGUAAUGAGUUCAUUAAAAGAAGAGAAAAAAAUUCAGGAGGGAAAGAAUAUUUCCAGUUAUUGCCAGUGUAAUUUUUUCCCAUAAGUCUGAAACCUCGGUGGAACUAUAAAACGCACAGACAAAGAAUUAAGUGUUUGCAUUUCUUAAGAGUUUUGUUGUAUUGUUUCUUUGUUUUAUUUUCGUUUUCAAUCUAAUUAAAAAGAGGAAACCGCAUGGGAAGAAUAGGAAGAAUUAUUUUUGUAACAGAAAACGUUUCUGGAAAACCGGCGUCUUAAGAAUAUACUACUUUCCCGGUCUAUAACAGUUUCUAAAACAGUAAUUGAUGACGCACGAGUGAACAAGAUGUCAUACAAAUAUUUGCGCUACGUCGGACUUCGUUGCAGUCCGUGACUGUAAUGUCUUCUUGUAAAACUGUUGCAACAGGUAGGAAUAGAAUCCGGAAAUAACUUGGAGUUUUGAAUCACGGCGAAAACAAAACUGAACGGAAAACUGAUACGCUUUUCUAAAUUUACCUUCAUGAAAUAGUACACUAAUUAAAUGUAACUCGAUAUGAGGGUAUAAAAGACGCUGCAUUCUGCAGCUUAACAAUUUAAGUCAUUUUUCUUCUAACUUAUUGAAAGAAAAAAAGAAACAAGAAAAAGUGAUUUUGAUUACAGUGGAAGCGAUCAAAAUGAAUUUUCAAAUCUGGAAGGUAACACUGAACUUUUGUACACAUAUCCUUAGUACCUCUUGUGUAUAUUUACAAGAAAUUGUGAGUUAUCUGGUUAUCGGGUUACCAAAGUAUAUCACUUUACGCUUUACUAAUUUGCUAAUAAUGAUUGAUUAGUUGCGGUUAACACUUUCAGCCCCAGAUUGAGUCCAGUUACAAUUAAUUAUAAGUUAUCAGGUUACCAUUUGACGUAAAUCAUGUUACGCUUUAAAUGACAAACGAAAACUGAUGGAAUGAUCGUUAACCUUUUUCACAAUCGGCCGAUACCACUAUUUCUAGCUGUGAAACAAAUUCUUCUAAGAAGCCAUGGAGGAAGUUCCUCAAUCAGCUAGCUUUUCAUUCUACCGUGCCGUAGUUUUCCGUAAUUUUGUCGUUUUUUAAGAAUUAGGAUUUCAGCAUAAUCUUGUUAAUGGAAAUAUUAUGGCUCUUGCUAAAAGAUUCAAAAACAAAUCAUUGUCAUGAUAAAAGAUUUUUUUACACAAAAGCACUUGUUAAUAACCUUUGGUAAGUGUUAUUAUUAUUAUUAUUAUUAUUAUUAUUGUUGUUGUUGUUGUGGUGGUGGUUGUGGUUGUUGUUAUUAUUUAUCUAUGUAUUUAUUUAUUUUUGUUGAAUUUAUAGCAUGAUAUUUCUUUUUUUUCAAAAAGAAAACAAACAGAUAUGCCCUGAAGAGGUUGUCGGAUACGUACGCCAAAACUCACAUUCGCGUGAUCUCCGCAGUAUAAAAAUUGAAGCAAUAAGCGAAUACUUAGACGUGAUUGCCAAUCGGCCCCAAUCGGUAACACAACGCUACUUAAAAUGACUUAUCUCUGCUUUCUCGAUAGCUAUCUGCCAAUAUCCUUUCUGUCUUGUUGGUUACGUCCAUGUUCUUAACAUCUCUUGGUUCAAGUUACGCCAAGCCUGCCAUAGACGCGAACACGUCAGAAAAAAACAAGGCAGACUUGGCAGAUUUCAUAGGAAACCCGGAGCAAGAGAAACCGAAAUACUCAGUCGUCCCUCCUCGAUGGUCUGGAGAUGACAGUGGCCAUUUUGAACUUCUGGAAAAUCCAGGCUCGAAGGUACAGGAGGGAAGUCCUCAGACUGAAAACGCAGCUGUUUUAGGAGAUGAUGUAAAAGCUGAAACAAUUGUAUCGACAGAUAAUGAAAACAACAGGAAAACUACUGAUAAUGGUCAUGGCACACGAAAGCCUCGUGAUGCUAGCAAUGGGUGUAUUAAACGAUACGAAUACCAUAUCAUAUAUAACAGGGUAUUUCGAAUUGCUUUUUGUAAAGCUGGUUGUAAACCAAAGUAUAUGAUUGUUACAUUUUCAAAUGGUCAAACGAAAGCAAUUCGGUACGAUUGUUACAAGUGA